AUGCCCCCGGUCGAGGUGGGCUCGAUCAUGUCAACACCAUUUCCGUCCUUCAUGUCAGUUGUUGGAAAACCCGAUACAAGUAUUUUGAAGGCUAUGGAAGAGUUGACGGCCGCUCCGGAGACAAUACCUGAGAGUGAUACCCAAAUCCUCGUGACCGACGCAAAUCCUUCAAGGGACUCGACUGUUCAGCGCUCGGAUCUCUGCUUACACCAUCGCGACAGCGUCACCUCCAUGACAUCUGCUUCUACGGAAUCCUCACCUACAACCACCAAUUCAACCUUUGAUUCUCCUUUGAUAACUGACUCUUCGCCCUCUUCAUCUCCGGAAUCAGCCUCCUCGACUGCUCCAGUGUCCCCUUUCCGGAACAUAAUGGUUAGACCUGCACUAGAACCACCUCGAAACCCUCCACAGCAAAGGCAACCACCAACGGGAGAAACCACGGACGACCUUUCAACGAAGGCUUUUUUGGUGCCAGAAGUCCCCAAGAAUGUCAAGAAUUUGUCGCUGAAUAUGAGCGCGGUCGUGCUACCCCGCCCUGCGACUUCACAUGGAUUCGAAUCUCAUGCAUUCUCCGCUCCUACAUCGCCCUCGAAGGACACUCCUCGAACAGGGCGGAAAAAGCCGACGAAUCUCACCAUCCGGACUCCUGGGUUUCAACAGUUGACAUUCAAUCGAGCAUUAGACGUGCCCCCGACACCCGGUUCCAGACCGUCGCUACAUCAUAUGGCUUCGUCACCCGCCCUUGCCUCACUUGCUUCUCCUACGAAACCUCCUCCAGGAGGCCUAUUCCUUCAUUUACCCGCCACUGGCACUGUUCCGUCCGGCCCUGGUUCAGAGCCGAGCAAUUCGGGUCAGUCGGGCAAUCCUCAACUCCCGGAACUGAAAGAGGAGGACGAAUUUCACCCGCAAAAAUCACAGGAAACUCAAGAGAGGGGGUAUCCCAAAGGUCCUGUAUUGAUUUACGACAGCGGAGUCUAUCUGUAUCUGGAGCCAACGGCGCAGGAGGCGAGUCAAUUCGAUAUGGUCAUCAAUGUGGCCAAGGAAAUUAAGAACCCUUUCGAAAUAGAACCACCGAAACCCGAGAUAGAGCCACAGACAGCCAUUUCGGAGCUGUCGUUCAAGUCGGCGUGGGAAUGGCCACGAUCCAACGAAAUACCGACGCCUACGACUCCUCGGCCGAAUUCCUUCGUUCAGCGGCAGCAACCCGAAUACUUGCACGUACCAUGGGACCAUAACUCGGAAAUAUUGGAGGAUUUGUAUUGUCUAUGUCGGCUAAUUGAUGAAAGAAUACAAGCGGGGAAAAAAGUCUUAAUACACUGCCAGUUAGGUGUCAGUCGCUCUGCCUCAUUGGUGAUUGCAUACGGCCUGUACAAGGGCUAUCAACCGGAUUUCCACUCGAUGUACAUGGCGGUGAAGCAGCGGAGUGAAUGGGUAGGACCCAACAUGAGCCUGAUCUAUCAGUUGACGGACUUUCGGGCAAAGGUUGUCAAAGGAGUUUAUGGUGAUCACUGCAACAACCCCAAACCGAGCUGGUGGAAGAUACGGUCGUCAAGUUCUCCUGUUAUGGACACGCCAGUCGCUCAACAAUCUUCCUGGCGUGUCCCGCACUGGACGGAUAGUGAAAGAAUGCCGGCUCCUACGGGCACAUUUGUCUCCGAGCCUUAUGCGAAAGCUCUGCCGCCGUUGAAGCUCAACAAGGCACUUCCCCCAGUGCCCCUAUUUCCCAAGGAUGGGCAGACAAAUGCGAUAGCUACGCCAGUCAAAUUGAGCCAUAUCUUGGGAGGCAUUGCGCAGCAAUUGCCGCAGACGACGAAAACACCGGACCCGGCACCCGUUACUGAGGCCCGUAGUCCACCACGACCUCAGAGCCCUCCACAGAGUGUGUCCCCCCGGCCACUGCCGUUUCGCGAGCGAUUCGAUUCACCACCUCCUCAACAGCAGCAGCCACGCAAUCCCUCCAAGACACCUAGACUAGGGAUUGUUACCAGCUCACCCAAGAUGGAUGCCGCCACGGAGGAACCCGACGGGUCGUCGCUCUUGUCACCGAGAGCCACGGAGUUCAUGGUGUCUCCAUUUGGGAUCACGACUGCCGCAGACCUGGCCAUGACUAAUGGCGGUGGCAAGAAGGUGACAAGAGGAGUCUUGCUUCCACGACAAAUGCAGCCUCCGGCGUCAUACACAGUGGCGGGUCAGAUACCAGCACCCUUUGAUCCCCGAAGUCCACACCAACAGGGUGAAGCACCCGAGAUAUUUCGGAACAUUGAUGACUUCUUGUGA